AUGAAGUAUUCUACUAAGUCUUUCUUUAGUAAAUUUUCAAGUGGUGAUGUAUCUUUAAAAUAUGAGAUAAAUAAAAAUACUAAUGAAGAAUUUCUGUAUAGUAAAUUGAAAGAUAAAAUGAAGGAAGAUCUAUUUUAUAAAUACCUAUCUAUUUUUUUUUGUAAUAUAUUAAAUAUAAACGAUUUUGUGGAUCAGAAGGUAAUAAUAUUGUCAUCAUUUAUUAAUGAUAAUAUAUUUAUACCUCCUAAGGUAAUAACUAAUGAUAUACGCUUGAAAAACCUAUUUGUUACCUCAAAUAAUGAAAUAAAAAGUGCUAAGUUAUGUUUUUCAAGCAAUAAUGAAUUAGAAAACUUAGAAAAUUAUUCAUUAGUUUAUGGGGAUCCUCAUGGGAAACCUAUACUAUCUGAAAUGCAAAAAAGACGAAUAUACAAAUGGAAAAAGAUUCCAGAGAAAGAAAUUGAAAAUUAUAAGCUAUUCCCUACAUGCUGGGAACAGUACUCUUCAUCUGAUAUUAUACAGGGAUUUAUAGGUGAUUGUUCCUUUAUUGUAGCAUUAUCUUCACUUUUAGAAUAUGAAAAAGAGUUUAAGGAAUGCUUAAUAUCAGAAAUAAUUCAGGAUAUAAACGAUGAACUAUCUUUAAAAAUACAAGAAGAAAUAUUUCAAUUUUGUAUGAAUUAUAAUCAACAUGUGAAUUUCAAAAUGUACUCUUGUAAAUUACUUUUUAAUGGGCUAUGGCGAGAUGUAUUUAUAGAUAAUUGGAUGCCAAUAGACAAACAAGGAAACCCCUUGCUAUCCUACUUUAGGGAUAAAAGCUAUAUUGGUAUCAGCUUACUUGAAAAGGCAUAUCUAAAGAUAAUGGGUAAUCAAUAUGGUACUGUAGGAAGCAAUCCUGCAGUAGAUAUAUUUUAUUUGACUGGUUGGAUUCCAGAAAUGAUUGUAAUAAAUAAAGAUAAUGAUAAAUACCACUUUUUUAGAGAUCUGUGGAAAAAGUUGUUAGUCUCUUUGAAAAGAGGAGAGUGCAUAGUUUCCCUAGGAACUAGUCAAUUUGAUUAUAAAAAUAUUGGAGUAGAAAAAUCUAAUCGUGUAGGUUCUAUAUAUGAGGAGAUUGCCACAACGUCUGGAAUAGUCUCAAAACAUGCAUAUCAAGUACUUAGAAUGGUUGAUAUUGUGAAUCCAAGAGUUAGUAAUGAAGUAACUCAUCUUAUUUUACUAAGAAACCCUUGGGGAGCCAUUAGAUGGAAAGGUAAAUACUCUUUUAGUGAUACAGAGUCAUGGAAUAAAGAAUUACAAAAUAUCUUGAAUUAUGAUAUAAAUGAAGAAUCUAAAAAAGAUAAUGGAGUAUUUUGGAUGGAAUGGAACGAUAUUUUAGAGUGGUUCUCUCAUAUAUAUAUAUCUUGGAAUCCAGGAAGAAAAUUCUCAUAUUUUAGCAUUUUUCAUGGCACAUGGAAUGGAUACCCUCAUCAUUCUAUUCUUAAUGAUGACUUACAUCUUCUUUACUUCUAUCCACAAAUAAGAAUUAGUGCUAGUUUAAAUAUCCUAAAAAACAAAGGAAAUUUGAAGAUAACUAAUUUUAAAGACAAAGAUUACAAUAAUUUACAAAAACAUGAAAAGAGUAUACUUAUAUUAAAUGACACAAAAGAUAAAAUAUCUAAAAAAAGUAAAUCUAGGUGGUAUAAAAAUUGGUUUUCACCUAGGAAUAAAAAUUCUAGUUAUAUAUCUAGAAAUACAAUGAAUGGAAAUAGCUUUCUCACUGCAUAUCAUAAUUUGUAUCAAGUCGAAUAUAAGUUGUUAAAUUUAGACAAUUUUAAUUAUUCUGAAAAUUCAAAAAUACUCAAAACUACUUCAAAUUUAAGGAACUAUACUCAAGAACAUGGUGAUUUAUGGAUAUUAUUAAAUAGACACAUAAAUAGCUAUGAAAAAAUUGAUGAUAAACCCAAUACUUUAUCUUAUAUUGCUAUGCAUAUUUAUUAUGGAUAUGAAAGAAUUGAUUGUCCUGAAAAUAAACCACUAAUUCAAGGUAUCUACAAUAAUGGUAAUGUUAUAUUACUUAAACUUAACAUAUAUGAUAUUAAACAACAAAUACAAGAUAUUAAUAAGAAUAGUAAUAAUAGUGAAUUGAAUUUCAUCUUAGUAAUUACUCAAUAUGAAAAAAAGUGUCCAUUCAACUUUACUAUAUCACUAUUUAGUGAUAUUGAAAUGAGAUAUACAUUUCCAAUAUCUAAAAGAUAUCAAAUUAGUCCAUAUUCUUUAAAUUUAUGGAAUAUUUCUGAAUAUACCGGUUAUAUUAGAAAAAGGAAUCAACUUGAGUUAUUUUAUAUAGUAUUUAAUCAGAUGAAAUCAACUACAAUAACUUCAGUUUACUCAUCCAAUCUAUCUAAUAGUACAAAGGAAUAUAUACCUAGUUACUCACCUAUUAUUGAAUUUAUUAUAAUACUAGAAACUAGUGAAUAUUGUAAGUCUACCAUGAAACUAUUAGAAAUAGACUAUAAUACUUCACAAAGUAAGGAAAUAGCUACUUCAAAUAAUUCUAAACAAGAGUUAAAGUCUAAAAGUUGCUGCAGAUUAAUUAGAUCUAGUUGUAACAUAGGUAAGUAUGUUUUUGCCAUGAGUAUCGAGUUUGGAAAACCACCCAAUAAACAAAUCUAUAAUAAUGGAAGUUAUUUAUAUAAAAUAAUAGUAUACUCAAGUAAAUAA